AUGAACGUGUCUCUUGGGUCCUCUUACAAACUGGAGAUGUUCACGGGUAACUCGACUUUGCCUUACCUUUCCAACUCCAGCCUGCCAGACAAGGCUGGGACAAGUAAACCAGUAGCAUGUGAGCAAAUCCACAUUGCUGUAGAGGUCUUUCUGACCCUGGGGGUCAUCUCCCUAUUUGAGAACAUCCUGGUUAUUACUGCAAUAGUAAAGAACAAGAACCUUCAUUCACCCAUGUACUUUUUUGUCUGCAGUUUGGCAGUGGCUGACAUGUUAGUAAGUGUGUCCAACGCCUGGGAAAGUGUCAUCAUUUACCUGCUGAACAACAGGCAACUGGUGGUGGAGGAGCACUUCAUCCGACAUAUGGACAACGUUUUUGAUUCCAUGAUCUGCAUCUCUGUCGUUGCAUCUAUGUGCAGUUUAGUGGCCAUCGCUGCGGACAGGUAUAUUACUAUCUUCUAUGCACUGAGAUACCAUAACAUCAUGACAGUGAGGCGUGCUGGCUUCAUCAUCGGGGGAAUCUGGACCUUCUGCACCAGCUGUGGAAUUAUUUUUAUCAUCUACUCCGACACCACCUCUGUGAUCAUCUGCCUGGUGGCCAUGUUCUUCAUCAUGCUGCUUAUUAUGGCAUCACUUUACAGCCACAUGUUCAUGCUGGCCCGCUCACACGUCAAGCGCAUUGCAGCACUGUCUAGUUACAACACCAUCCAUCAGCGGACCAGCAUGAAGGGUGCCAUCACACUCACUAUCCUCCUAGGGAUCUUCAUUGUCUGCUGGGCUCCCUUCUUCCUCCAUCUCAUCAUCAGGAUAUCCUGCCCAAAGAGUGUUUACUGCGUGUGCUACAUGUCGCGCUUUAACGUGUAUCUAAUCCUCAUCAUGUGCAAUUCUGUCAUUGACCCGCUGAUCUAUGCCUUCAGGAGUCAGGAAAUGAGGAAAACCUUUAAGGAAAUUUUCUGUUGUUUCAACCUAAGGAAUUUCUACACCAGCAUAUGUGCUCUGACUGAUAAGUGCUGA